UGCUAUGUUCACCUCCUACCUAACUAGUCUAAAUAAAGUCCCGAAGUAAUAACUGCGAUUUUAAUUAAAUUUUGGCUGAGAAGAUUAUUUACUUCUAAUAAGAAGUGUGUAGUUGAUUCAAAAUGUAGGAAAUAAAAGUUUUAAACGUAAGUAUUACUUUCACUGUCGAAACGCCCUGUAAAAUUGUUACUCUAAAUUGUAACAAUUUCAGCGUAUAAUCAUCGCUUUAUCAUGGAAUGUUUAAUGUUUUCAGAAAUACUAUCCCCCAGACUUCGAUCCUUCCAAAAUCCCGCGCAUAAAAUUGGCGAAAAACCGCCAACCAAUACACCGUGCGUUUGAUGGCCCCAUUCAACAUGCGCUGCGCGACGUGUGGCGAGUACAUCUACAAAGGAAAGAAGUUCAACGCCCGUAAAGAGGAUGUAGAGAUUGAGGACUAUCUUGGGAUAAGAAUUUACAGUGCACACGGUGCCUUCAAGAUAUCAUUCAAGACAGAUCCUAAGAACACGGACUACGAGAUAGAAGCGGGGGCCACGAGGCACUUCCGGGCUCUGAAACUGGCGGAGGAGCAGACCAAGCGGGAAGAAGAGGAACAAAAGGAGGAGGAAGCCAACAAUCCUAUGAAGUUAUUAGAGUAUAGAACCGAACAAUCAAGACAAGAAAUUGAACUGUUGGAGAGUCUUGAAGAAUGAGGCAUGCUCAAGCAUUACCAGCCUGAACCUGAAGCUGUUGAAAACGCGAGGCAGCUCG